AUGCCGGACAGACCGGUCAUACCAGACAGACUGGACAGACCAGACAUACCGGUCAGCCUGGACAGACUGGACAGGCCGGACAGGCCAGAUAUACCAGACAGACCGGACAGACCGGACAGCCUGGACAGACCGGAGAGACCGGACUGGCCGGACAGACCGGACAGACUGGACAGACAGGUCAGACCGGACAGACCGGACUUGCCGGACAGACCGGACAGACCGGACAGACAGGUCAGAUCUGGUCAGGUCCAGUCAGAUCAGGUUAGAUCAGAUCAGGUCAGGUCAUGUCAGGUCAGGUCCGUUCAGGUCGAAUCUGGUCAGGUACGGUCAGGUCAGGUCAGGUCAGGUCAGAUCAGAUCAGGUCAGGUCAGGUCAGGUCAGGUCAGACGGACCGGACGGACUGGACAUACCGCACAUGCCGGACAGACCGAUCAUACCAGACAUACCGGACAGACCAGACAUACUGGACAGCCUGGACAGACCGGACAUGCAGGACAGGCCGGACAUACCGGACAGACCGGACAGACCAGACAGACCGGACAGAUUAGACAGACCGGACAGACCGUAAAGACCGGACAGACUGGACAGACCGAACAGACCAGACGGACCAGACAGAACGGACGGACCGGACAGACCGGACAGACCGGACAGGCCAGAUAG